AUCUAUAGUUAUAUAAUAUGUUUGGGGGUGUCCGGAAAAUUCCUGAAGCAUUUACCGUGAGGUACAAGUUUUGAACUUGAUUUAUUUUUAUUUGUGUAGUAUAAGUGUUUUAUAAUUAAUACUUAAACUUUACCUACUGGAAGUAACCUAUAUUAUUAAGAUUUUUGAAAUAAUUACUUAAUUUGAUUUAUUUGAAUUUAAAUUCUGGAGUCAUCAAACUGGUGACAUUCUGUCAAGCACCAAAUGUCAAAUAUAAAAUAAGUCUGAUUGUGAAAUUAAAUUAAAUUUGGUUGUUAUUUUACUACCGACAAGAACUUUUACGUAGCAGUUCGAUGACAUUUAAAGCCUAACCAAUAAUAUAUAAUCACGCGCCAUGUUGCGGAAUUUUACUGGAACUAAUUUUUCACACACAUGAGAAUAACAGCGCCCUCUUGACAAUGAUCAUAUAUUACUGGUCGGGAUUUACUACAUUACGAACACACACACUACAUAACGAAUGCAAACUGAUGCUGGUACCUGUACAACCUUUCAAUGAGGCUUAAAACAUUUGGCAAAAAAGUCUAACUGACAUUUAUCCAAAAAUCGUUAUAAACUUAAAUGCAGCCUAGAAAGCGAAUCCCAGCCCUAUUCAGUCUCCCGCUCAACAGCCAUGGGACCGCACGCCCGCUGAACACAACACAAACCAUAGAAAAUAACAAAAUAAACUAAAUAUCAGUGAAAUGUGUCAGUGAGUGUGUCAAGAUGGGAGUAGACAGCUUACCCCCGCCGACCUUACAGAUAGAAGCGGGCGCCGGCGAGGGCCCCGGGCCGCCUUCCAACAACAACACAGAGGCCGCUGCCUCACCCCCUAGAGACGACAACCACAAUGCUGCCCCUACGCCCCGAGCGAGGCCCCUCACACCAUCAGGUCAGUAGCUAGUGAGGCCCCAAGCCCGUUCCAACAACAACACAGAGGCCGCUGCCUCACCCCCUAGAGACGACAACCACAAUGCUGCCCCUACGCCCCGAGCGAGGCCCCUCACACCAUCAGACGCCCUCAAAAUGUACGGUGAUCGCCUAUCAGAGUGGGAAAGAACAGAGGUUCGGAAGUAUCCCGAGGUCUGGUUCCUGGGUCUGGAGGCCAGUAAGAUCCAGGCCAAGUCCAGUCUGCCGAACAACUGCGGGUUUGAUGACGAGAACGGGAGCUAUAAUAAGCAAAUCCACGACCACGUGGCGUACCGCUACGAGAUCCUGGAGGUGAUCGGCAAGGGGUCCUUCGGUCAGGUGAUCCGCGCCCUCGACCACCGGACAGGCGGGCAGGUUGCUAUCAAGAUCAUACGCAACAAGAAGAGGUUCCACCACCAGGCUCUAGUGGAAGUGAGGGUGCUGGACCAUUUAAGGUUGAAGGACAAGGACCAGGCGCACAACGUCAUACACAUGCUGGACUACUUCUACUUUAGGAACCAUUUGUGCAUCAGCUUUGAGCUGAUGAGCAUUAACCUGUAUGAGCUAAUAAAGAAGAACAACUACCAAGGCUUCAGCUUGAGCCUGAUCCGACGGUUUGCGAGUUCGUUGCUGAGGUGUUUGAGGCUGCUGGAAGCGGAGAACAUCAUACAUUGCGAUCUAAAACCGGAAAACAUCCUCCUAAAAGCGCGAGGCAGCUCCUCCAUCAAAGUGAUAGACUUCGGCAGCUCGUGUUACACGCAUGCACGCGUGUACACGUACAUACAGUCGCGGUUCUACCGCAGCCCCGAAGUGAUACUGGGGCUACAGUACGGGGCGGCUAUUGAUAUGUGGAGCAUGGGCUGCAUCUUAGCGGAGCUGCAUACUGGCUAUCCCCUCUUUCCCGGUGAGAACGAGGCGGAGCAGCUGGCCUGCAUCAUGGAACUCCUCGGCCCUCCACCUCCAGACCUACUCAUCCACGCCACCAGGAAACGACUGUUUUUUGACUCAAAAGGCGCGCCGCGCUCGAUCACGAACUCGAAGGGGCGCAAGCGGCGGCCCGGCUCGCGCACGCUGGCCGCCGCCGUGAGGACGGACGACCCGGCCUUCCUACACUUCCUGCAUCGGUGUCUUGAAUGGGACCCCAAGCGCCGCAUCACCCCAAACGAAGCCUCCCGCCACGAGUUCGUUACCGGCUGCCCGCUGGGCUCCACGCCCGCGGGCGUCCUGGCGCUCCCGCGCCUCGCGCCGCCGCGGCCUGCGCGGGCGCUGCUCCACAGUCAGUCCGCGGGCGACGUGGCCGCCAUGCUGGGGCGCGCGUGACCGGACGCCGAGCUCGUCGUCAGCCAGAGCCAUACGCAGCUCGACCAAGGAGUCACUCAGGUGGUGAAUCUAUAGUUAGUCUUGAGAUUUAGUUCCUUAACCUUAGGAGGAGAUCUUUGAGAGAGGUUUGAUAUACUAAUGCGAAGCUUGAAGUGGACGUUCGAGCGGUGGCGACCAGCGCAGCGAAUCCGUACAAUCCGUCAGUAUCCGUGUCCGU